AUGGACUCACCCACCUGCUGCAGCAAGAAGAAAUCCUCCAACUUCCUAGCCUGGUUCUUGUGGCCACUCCCCGUCUCCGAAUUCUUCUCUCACUACUUCGAGCAAAAAACCUUCGCUGCCAAAAAAAAAAUUCCAGACUACUGGACCGGCUGGUGCUCCUCAGCGCAACUCGAAAAAAACAUCCGCGACGACGCCAUCUGGCCAGAAGACGCCGAAUUCUACUUCUACUCCUCCGGACAGCGCUUCUGCAUCGCGCCGUCUGACAGGCAAAAUGCACGAAGCGACGCGCUGUGGGAACUGUUCGAAACGUCGCGCCUCUCCGUCAAAAUUCAGCGCGCUCACCAAUACUUCGAAAACGUGCAGCGCAUGCUCUCCCUACUCGAAGAGGCACUUCUGUUGAACCUCUCCUGCGAGGCGUUCUACGUGCCGUCCGGCGCUCAGGCGUCGGCGCCGAAACGCGACGAAACCGACUCCUUCUUUCUCAUCGUCGAGGGCUCAAUACAAUGCAACCUCUACGGCGCCCCCGACAAAACCAAAUCUCCACCACUUCGCGACUCCGACCCCUCCGUCCAGACAAACGAGUUUGGAGAACCCAGCACUAACACCUCGCUGAACGCCGGAGACAUCCUCUACUUGCCCCGCGGCACCAUCUAUGAGAUACACUCUCACCCAGAACUCCAGAGCUCGCUCUACCUAGUCAUUUCCCUCUCCUCGAACUUCACCUGGACCGACUUCCUUCAAGCCGCCGUACUCGGGGCUCUCAACCACGCCAACUCAACCUAUCCGGAAUUUCGAAAAACGCUACCCAAAGGCUACGCAAACUACGUCGGCGUCAUGCACUCCGACCUGAAACACUCCGAAAAGAGAAAGGCCUUUCUCACCAAGGCCAUGGCACUCUGUAAAGUACUUUGCGAAAAGGCACUCAUGAAACCCUCUCAAUUUGACGACGCAGCCGAUCAAAUGAUGCGCCAAUUCCUGCGCGACCGCCAACCUCCACAACUCCUGCUGUCCAAAUAUGAGCAAGGAUUCGACUCCUGCGACGCCCCCUACUCAUCCACCUCCUCAACCCACGAUCGAACUCCCGACAACCCUCGCCACCCCCCAGAACAAGAAACGCCCCCAGAUGUCACCGAAUCCACCAAAUUCAGACUCGUGACGAGGCACUGCCUCCGGCUCGUCAUAGAAACCAACGCGCUCGUCUACUACACCUCGCCACCCACUGACGAAGACCCAAGCCACCCCUCAAAAGAAAAAAAAAUAGAAAUGCCUAUCGAAUACGCUGAAGCAAUAGACUACCUCUGGAAAACCUACCCAAAAUACGUGCGCGUCGACGAGCUCCCCCUCGAACACGAAGAACAAAGAAUAGAACUCGCGUCAGAACUCCUGGACAAGCAAAUCGCCAUGGUCGAAUAA